GAUGUGAUAUAUGCCGUUCGUGACACUGCCUUUGUGACUUCAGAGUAUCCCCUUAUUAUGUCUUUCGAAAACCAUUGCAGGUGCGUUAACAAAAUUUCUGCCCUCGCCUACGCAUCUGAUUACAGCUAUAUUUUCAGUCCCGAGCAAACAUUGCGUAAACACCAGCAGUAUAAGUUGGCGAAGUACUGUGAAGACAUCCUGGGCGACAUGCUUCUGACAAAGCCGCUUGACAAAUAUCCUCUUGAACCCGGCGUUCCUCUUCCAUCUCCUGAGAAACUCAAAAGAAAAAUUCUUAUUAAAAAUAAGCGCCUGGAUCCCGAUGUUGAAAAGCACCAACUGGAAUUGUUCAUGAAAGGCCAAGCCGAUCCUGUGCAAGAAGAAGAUGACGUGGCGGAGGAUCCUGAUCCCCUUGGCUCCGCUGAUUGUGACGUCAGCCCCGUGAACGGUGAUAUAGAUCCUCAUCCAGAAACCAAACUGCGGCCCGGCUCGGGCCAAAUUAACGCACUCUCCGCUAGCGGUGUUUUUUCUUCAUCUCUACUGGGCAAGCUUUCCGAAACUGAGAUGAAGCGAUUGGGUAGUCUAACUGCAGAAGAAGAGCAGGCCAUGCUUGCCCAGUACCACUACACAGGUGCGACGAAAACUAUUCAUCCCCUUCUUUCCUCCAUGGUCAACUAUGCCCAACCGGUUAAGUUUCAAGGCUUCGACGUCGCUGAAGAUGAGAGCAUCCACUAUCACAUGUCCUCCUUUAGCGAGACAGUGGCUUUGGGUUUGAUGAAAAACGAGGCCAUUGAAUUCGUAAAUUACAACAAGCGUCAAAUGAGCCGCAUAUACCCACGUGGCAACCGUGUUGAGUCCAGCAACUACAUGCCCCAGAUUUUUUGGAACGCUGGAUGUCAAAUGGUUGCGCUUAACUUUCAAACGCCCGAUCUUGCUAUGCAACUGAACCAAGGAAAGUUUGAAUACAAUGGCAAUUGUGGGUAUCUAUUGAAACCGGAGUUUAUGAGGCGCCCGGAGCGUCAGUUUGAUCCCUUUUCGGAGUCCCCGAUGGACGGUGUGAUCGCUGCGACUUGUGAGGUGCGAAUAAUCUCGGGCCAGUUCCUCUCUGAUCGUAAAGUAGGCACCUAUGUUGAGGUGGACAUGUACGGUCUGCCCACGGACACUAUUCGAAAGGAAUUCCGUACCCGUGUGGUGCCCAACAACGGCCUUAACCCCGUUUACGGCGAGGAUGCUGUCUUUGUCUUCAGAAAACCGCUAUGCACUCGGGCAUUUCAGGUGGUGCUUCCGGAUCUGGCGGUACUCCGCUUUGCCGUUUACGAGGACACGGGCAAGUUGAUUGGCCAGCGUGUAUUGCCACUCGAUGGAUUGCAGUCAGGCUAUCGGCACAUCUCCCUCCGAACUGAGGGCAAUUUCCCUUUGUCCCUGCCUACUCUUUUUUGCCGUGUCUCCCUGACCACCUACGUUCCCGAAGGCCUCAACGAUCUCGUUGAUGCUCUCUCCGAUCCUCGAGCCUUUUUGAGCAAAGAGGAGCAACGUAUGAAACAGGUCAGUCAUGAACCUACUGUGUCUUCUCAUCUUGCGAGUAUGGGCAUCGAUUCCUCCGAGAUUGACGAGGUUCCCACAUCCUCAACAAAACUGACCUCCAUACUGAAACAGCGUCCAAUAGGCAGCGGCAUCACGUUGAGCAGCACGACAUCGGGGGCGUCAACGAGUGGUGCGGUUUGUAUUGGCGCAAGCAGCAGUGGUGGAGGCAGUGGAAAUAGUGGUGCGGGCGUUGGACCUGCCUCGGCACUGGGUUUGUCUUCCCUCGGUUCCACCGGCGACCCGCAUCGAUUGAUCACUCCCUCUGGCACCGGGACUCCAGCUUCAACUGCUCACGGUUCUGGUGCCUCUUGCGCCGUUGUCCCCUCUCCUGGACCCUCUGGGAACAGCAAUAAAAAGGAAGAGAAGAAAGAAGAUCCCAAAUUUCCACCAAUAUCCUUGGCAAUGCUCCGAAGUGAUAAGAAUUACCGAAAACUAGUGAAGAAGCAAGCCAAGGAAUUAGAGAGCCUUCAGCGAAGACACGAAAAGGAGGCGGCCUCAAUGCUUCGAGCGCACUCACUGCUUACUGACAAGCUGAAUGCCUCUCAUGCAAAGGCCAUCGCUUCCUCCACCUCGAGUCUGCGCGGCACUCCUCAAAAAGUGAAUGGAGUGGGAACACCCUUGAAGGAGGCCCACAUCGCACAAAUGAACAAUCUAGUACGCCAACAAACCGACGAGUGGAGCAAACUGAAAUGCGCUCAAAUGAGUGAAAUUCACACCCUCAUUCUCGCCUUCAUAGAUUCUCGAAAGGAUUUCCUCUUGAAGGUAUCAGCCUUUCUUACAACUCACUCUGAGAUGAAUUCCUCAAGACAUCCUGCUUCAAAUCAUGCACGUGGUCUCACUGUCGUAACUACAAGAAAUUCAUCAGCCUCGUAUGUUUGUAUCAUCGUAAACAGAAAUCUGAUUCUUCGAGAUGCUCACGAAGAACAGAGGCGUUUGUUAAAACAGAUUCAGGAGCGCGAAAACAAGGACAUGAAAGCGCAACAAAUCAAGAUCUCCCUCGACUCCAACCGUAACGUUAUGAACGAUCCUAAGCUGAAGAAUAAGGCAGAGCGUGACCGUCGAAUUCGAGAGCUAAAGGAUUAUAACACCAAACGCUUUAUCGACCAACGGAAAGCGCAGGCUCAGCGCAACGAUCGUCAGGCGCAGGACCUCCUUCGUCGCCACGAAGAAGAGGAGCAGGGCGUCAUUGCUGGCGUCAAUCGAGAACGUGACGAACUCAUUCGUAACUAUCGGGAAGAAUUGUUGGCCAGCAAGCGUACGACAAUGAUUUAA